AUGCGUGAUGCCAUGCGGCCCCUGCAUCGAAGAAGCGUUUGCAAAGUUUACUUCGUUUACUUGCUGUACCUCUGCGGAGCAUUGCUCUGGUGGGCAUCAUGCCGAGUGGGCCGAGUCAGCAGCUUUGCUUUGCCAUCAAACUCUGCUCUUGAGCAAGGCGAAGCACACGGCAAAGCACAAGGCCCUGGGAUGCUGUAUGAGAUGAUUGGGGAGUAUACGCUUCCCAAGCCCGUCGUCGUAUCUCCACGCAAGGCGUGGGAACUUUGGAUGGAUCUUGGUGUCGGAGUUCGUAAGAUGGAAGAGGACACUUACGUUGUUGCGCCUCAGCACUUUUCGAAAUAUCGCUCCUUCGGUCAGAAAGAGGCUAUGUAUCUGCGAGACAUGCAGGGCAAUACCGUGAGUGACGAGGAGAAUCCUGGCAUUCGUAUUGAACUUGACGUGGUCACAGAGACAGAGGAGGCAAACAUCCUCUCUGAGCUGCAAGAGCUUGUAGAUCGUCAUGGCUACGAAUUCACCACGGACGCGUCGGACGACGCGGCGUUGGCAGCUUCGUGGAGACUGACAGGGAGGGACGAGAAAAGGACUGAGGCAUUAGCACCAUGGGGAUGGGGCAGUGAUUUUGACAAGACGAAACUGCCUCCAGCCUUGAGGCGCGUGGUCUCCAAGCUGGAGGAAUUACCAGGUUAUCCAUUGGGACCGAUUCGAGACGUAACUGUGAAUAUGCGAUCUACGGAUGACUACCAAAUGGUGCCCCACAUUGACCCAUUAGGGGAUGGACCAAACACGUUCGUCCUGUCUCUUCUCAGCAGUGCUGUGGUAACCUUCUCGCCUCUAGCUGCUUUAAGAGCCGAAGCUGAACGCGCGAAUGAUGACGAGCACUUCGCACAACACUCGUAUACUGAUGAGGAUAUUGACUGCUUGGUGCCUCGUCGAGCUGCCUACAGCUUCACCGGCAAUGCACGUUACCUGUGGACGCAUGCAGUCCGUCCCUCUGUACGGCCUUCAGCUGAAGAUCCAGAGACUUUCGAGCGUUGGGGCACUUGGGAAAAGGUACUGAGGAGACAGCCAAAUCGAGCAGCGAUCAUCUUCUCCUUUGCCGAUGAGCGCGAGCCGCAUACGGAUCCUGCAUCAGAAUCGGUGCCGAGCGGCAAUUGA